AUGGGUAGUUGGUGGCGGAAGGGUUACGCAGUGGAGGGUUUAUGGAUGAAGACGACACGACGUCACAGACAAGGUACAAAGCUGGGUGCCGCAAAGAGUUUCGGGUCGUAUAUGGGUCAUGUAAGCAAAGAGAAUAACCUUGCCGUCGAGAAGCUUCUGCUCAAGAUAAAAGAGACGGUGGAUUCAAGGGCGAAGGGUAAUAAUACAGGGUUGAUUAAGGGAGACAAAAUUGGUGUUGGCAUUGGCAAUGAUCCCGGUGUUGUGCAAAAUGGAUUUCAUCAUGUGGCUUAUAAAGUGGUCGACAAGCAAGAUGUUGGUUGUUUGAUUUUGUGGAUAAAGAUUGAGCCAAACAUGACAUCAACAUCACAGUUGCACAUAAGUACUACAUAUCUAUCAGUGGCUAUAAUUUGCAGAUUUUGGCCUUGUAGGAGAAGAAUUGGUGACCAAAAUGAUGACUGCAAUCACGGUAGCUUACUGAUGGAUGGCACCAGAGGAGAUAUUUAG